UUUCAUAGUUGAAGUACAUACUCCGCAGUAAACUUUCCAGGAAACCCGACAACGCGUAUUAGUUAGAACUAACGGCCCUUCUGGCCCAAAGACCUGGCGACACCCAGAUUAAAUUUCCUCUCUAUUGUAUAGCAGCAAGCCAAGUUCGUGCCGUUUGUAUCUUUACCGACCCAUUUAGCCUAGCUGCUAUCUUCACUGUGGCGUCGCAUUCGACCCAUCAACCGACGCAGUCAUUGCCGGCUGGGAACCAACCCAAUCGAAACCCCACUUGACAGCUCCUCUAUCCAGAACGUUAUCGACGUCCUAACAAAGAUGACUUCGUUGAAACUGUCGACUUGGUUUGUCUUGUCGGUGGUGGUGCUGACAUCGACAUGCGGUGCUCAAGCUAAUGCCGGAGCCAAGCACGGCAUGCACAACAGGCGGCUCCUGUCCACAACUCCCGGCACUCAAGCCACAUCUCCACCACCUCCCACCGUCCGGCCCUUGCGGUUCCGCCCUCCACCUCCACUUCCGUCUCCCUCCGUUCCUUCCAAUCCAUCCUCGCCAUCUACACCCUCCACACCUCCUCCGCCUUCUACCCCUUCUACGCCCCCUCCCGUCCUUCCGCAGUCUCCCCUUCCUCCCUCCACACCGCCUGCUACUCCUCCGCCUUCGCCCCUCCUUCCGCCGUCCACACCUCCUCCCUCGCCAUCCAUCCCACCUGCCUCCCCAGACGUCAUCGCCUUCCCCAUCGCCGCUGACUACCGGAUCCUCCCCUCCCCUGCCAUCCCCCCUCCUCCUCCCCCCAAACGCAUUCCCCGAUCCUCACCACCGCCUCCCAAGCCACCAUCUCCACCCAGCCCUCCUCCACCACCUCCUCUCAGCCCUUCUCCUCCUCCAACCCCAUCUCCUAGCCCUCCUCCACCUCAAUCCCCCAUCACCGCUCGCGACGAUUCCUCCUCCUCCUCCUCCUCUUCCCCUCCACCCUCCUCACCACCCCCAAGCCCAACCAGCCCUCCUCCCAACUUCAUCGUCAUUGUUACCGACGACCAAGAUGACAUCCUGAACUCCACACACCCCUACUACAUGCCAGCCCUCAACAAGUACCUAGCCCAGGGCGGCACGCGACUCUCCAACUUCGUGGUCUCCACUGGCGUGUGCUGCCCCGCUCGCGUGUCGCUGCUUAGCGGCAAGUACGCUCACUGCACCAAUGUAACCGGCAACUGGUACCCCUCCGGCGCCUUCCGUAAGUUCUACGAGCGAGGCAUCGAGGCCAGCUGGCUACCCUCCUGGCUGCAGGGGGCGGGAUACAAGACCUACCUAGUGGGCAAGUUCCUGAACGCCUACACCCAGACUGCGGCCUUCAUGGGCGACAAGACCGGCUACUACCCGCGGGGUUGGAACGUGUUUGAUGCCCUCACGGUGGGCACCUACAGCCCCUACGGCAGCUGCUUCGCGCUCAACGGCGGGCGCGACAACUGUUACCCGGGUCUCUACCAGACGGACAUCAUUCGGGACAAGGCGUUAAGCUACCUCAGGGAUGCCGCCGCCUCGCAACAGCCCUUCUUCCUCUACGUGGCCCCCACCGCACCUCACGUGGACAACGCGGGAGGUGGUUGGAAGCCGCCUGCACCCGCCCGCCGGCACGAGACCCUGUACGCAGGAGAAAAUAUCUCCAUUCCCCGAGGCCCCAACUGGGCUGUGAUCAACCCCAACAUCCCAAUUGACCCCGAGGACAUGGGCCCCGCGGCCGUGGCUGAGCUCGAGUCCCUCUACCUGAACCGACUGAGGAGCCUGCGGGCCGUUGACGAGAUGCUAGAGGCUAUCGUGGCGCAACUCCAGGCCUCCGGUCAGCUCAGCAACACCCACAUCAUCUACACCAGCGACAACGGCCUCCACAUGGGGCAGUUCUCCCUCACGGACGGCAAGUCGCUGGGGAUCGAGGAGGAUGUACGGCUGCCCUUCUUCAUCCGCGGGCCGGGAGUGCCUGCCGGGCAGGUGCUGCCGGUGCAGGGCAACUUGAUCGACAUUGCACCCACCAUCCUGACGCUGGCAGGUCUGCCCGUCCCUGCUGACGUGGACGGAAUGGCCGCUCCCGUCAGUCCUGUCGCCACGGCGGCCCACGUGGCUCAGCUUCGAGACGCCUCUGCAACCACCACCAACCCGCCGCCCCAGCUCACCCCCAGCCUGUACAACACAUGGCGCCGAGACGCCACCAUCCUAGAAGCCUGGGACAGCGACGGCAGUGCCGCCACCACCAACGUCGUCUUCAAGACGCUGCGUGUGUGCUCCGACUUUAAGGUCUUUGGCGACAGCGGCAGCCGGCCCGAUGGUCUGGCUGCACGGCAGGUACUGGCUCCCGGCGUGGCUUGCUACAAGUAUGUGGUGUGGUGCAGGGGGCAGAAGGAGUUUUUCGACCUCUCAACGGACCCCUAUGAGGUUAACAACAGGAUCUCGGAGGUGCCCACUCGCAUCAUGGACCGCAUUGACGGCCUGAUGUCAGCGCUGGUGCACUGCAGGGGCGCCACGUGCCGCCACCCCUACGCCAUCCUGCACCCGGGGUACAACGUGCUUAACUUUACAGGGACAAUGGAUAGCCGGUUCGAUACCGUGUACCGCAAGCUCUACAAGUUCAAGUUCAACAAGUGCAGAAGCGCGUAUGUGAUAGCCAACGAGCCCACUUGGACGCUGGGCUUCGGAACACAACCGGUGCCCGCUUAACAAGCUCAUGCGGUCUGUUUUCUGGGGCGCAGAUGCUGCGGACCUACUAUUGCCUCAGCUGUGUGGCGUCUGAAGACCUCCAGCAGUGCUUGCUAGCUGCUAGUUAAGGUGAUAUGAGGUUACCGGUGGUAAGGCCUGCCUGUUUCCUGCAUGCCAGCUGCUCCUGCAGCUGCGGUGAUUGCUCUUGGUGGUUGUGGCACAUGCACCUGCCGCGCAUGUUGAGAUGCAUGCUCUGUCGUACUGUACGGAGGGACCGCUGCUGCUUGGUGUUGGCCAUGUUGAUGCAUGCCAGAAUGUACAUUCGUUGCUCACAGGAUGACGUGGAAGUGCAUUCUUUGGUCGGAAUGCACGUGUACUGCGUGUAUUGCGGUUCGGAAGAAGAUUGAAUGGAAGGACAAGUGUUCAAUUCAUGAGACACAUUUAUCCCAUCCUUGCAUUUGUUUUUAUUUUGCGUUGCGCGUGUGCACUGUUUGUGGUGUGCAUGGAGAGGUGGUUACCCGUCGGUUGCUGCUGUACCGGUAGUGUUGCUCUUGUUUUGUUACCGUCAUCAACUGUUCGCUGCACAUGGCCCGUUGCAACUGCCAAAAGCGCAUGUGGCUGCUCUGGAUGCUGCAAGGGCGGGACAAAUGUACCAAAUUAGAUGUGCAGAACUGAUGUGUUUUAUGUUUCUCAUUCUUGCAUUAUGAGCCCUGGGCUGCCUCUUCUUGCCGUUAAGCUGCGGCAUUGCAGUCAUAUGGAAUUCCUCCCUUCUAGUGUAUUAUUCAUGGACACUGCUGGUCAUUAUCGAUGACGGUGAAGGUGUUUUCCUGCGCUCCUUAGUCAUUGCGCAUGCAGUGCAUCCAUUGUGUUGUGCGUAUUGCAAUCUUUUGGGUGCUCUAGUGCAUGUCUCCCAACUGGGUGUGACAACGGUGCAACGUGUAUCCUGCCAUAGCCACAUCAUUGGUUAGAUUCCUUACGAAGGUGGCAGGCUAGACGCCCGCCGCAGUGGGCCGGUUGACGGCUACAUGACCGACCCUUGGGUCGGCGCACGUGAGCCCUUUUUGUUGUUUACGGUCCUUGGUUGCGUGCAGCAGUCGAAUACGGCUGUUACAACCUAAAGGAAGCGGUUUCACCGGCCAACGAGAUGACUAUCGUUGCCAGCGUGUACGUAAGUAGUUGCGUAACGGCUGGUCUGUCAUCAGAAUGCCCUUGCUAUGAAUGGGCGUUACAGUUAAGGAGGAGCGUCAUGAGCCUCAUGACUACUAGCCCUCCUCCGGCUUUAACCGGCUACCUUGUCCGUGUUUGGAAGGCUCGCUUGUGCCUCGGGAGGUACACGGGUACUAUGCACACGACAGCCG